AUAAUUCUCUGUUCAAUCACUAGCUCUCUGUGUGUGUGUGGAAAUAAAUGGGUAUAGAAUCCACACAUUUACGGCUUACUGGAUUUCCCGCUGUUUCGCCACUGCACACACUGCAGGACCGGCUGAUAUUUUGAAGUAAACUGGGGUUUAAGUUCAACUAGGUGCAGCUCAACUCAUCUAUCAUAGAUACUGGCAAAACUAUUCAAGUUCAGCUCUCAUCAGAGGACUCAAGAGGUAAACAAAGAUGGCCGACGGACACUUCAAGCCCGGAGAAAAGGUGUUUGCCAAGAUGAAAGGGUGGCCCCACUGGCCAGCAAGGAUCGAUGAGGUACCGGAGGGAGGAGUGAAGCCACCACCAAAUAAGCUUCCAAUUUUCUUCUAUGGAACUCAUGAAACAGCAUUUAUGUUCUCUAAGGACCUGUUCCCUUAUGAGAAGUACAAAGCCAAAUAUGGUCAAACCCACAAGAAGCACAAAGCAUUCAACAUGGGACUCAUCGAGAUCAUUGAAAACCCAGAUGUCAUGUAUUCCGGACAGCAACCCACAUCCACCUCUGAAGAGGAAGAUAUGGAGGAGGGUGUUGAGGAAGAAGCAGCAGAUGAAGAAGAGAAGGAGGCAGAGGAGGAGGAGGAAGAAGUUGCACCGGAGUCUUCAGAUGAAGAGGAGAAGCCGACCAAGAAGAGCAAAAAAACAAAGGCAGAAAAGAAAUCCAAGCCAACCAAACGUAAAUCAAGUGCAAAAACUCCAAAGGCCAAGAAGUCAUCAAAGAAAAGUGUAGAGGUCACCAGUGAAGAUGAAGAGCCCGAUGAAGAAGACUACGACGAACCCUCGGAGGAAGAUGAAGAAGAGGAAGAAAGUGACGAGUUCGUCCCUGUAAAGACCAGUAGUGGAAGAAAGAGUAGCUCAAAAAAAUCUAAGGGGAGGAAAAGAUCGAAAGCAGCGAGUGAGUCAGACAGCGGAGCGGAUGAAGAGGAAGAGGCGUCAAUGGCGUCUGAUGGCAGCGAGAGUGAGGACGAACCCGUCGUUAAGAAACCUAAGAAGGAGAAAGUUAAGAAAGAGAAGAAGGAAAAAUCUGCAAAGAAACCAAAAGCUGAGAAAAAGCCAAGGGCUCCCUCUAGCAAGAAGAAAACGCCGAGCAAGCCGGUGACUUCAAAGGGAGACCUGAGUAUCAGCUUGAGCAGUUCUGACGACUCAUCUGACAGCAGCGACUAUGUCUCCAAGUGGCGCAAGCGCGAGGAGGAGAAGAAGGCCAAGCUGGAGGAUGAAAAGAAGAAGAAACAAGAGGUGCAGUACCGACUGAUGCGGGAAAAAGAGCGCCUCCAAGAGGAGAUGGAGCGUCUAGAGAAAGCGCAGAAAAAGAAAAAGAAGAAGAAGAGGAGCUCUUCAGAGUCCAAAGAUAAACAUGGCGAGAGCGACGAGGAUGAGGAAGCCGGGCUGGAUCUCAGCGACGGAGACAGCGACAAUCUGGUCAUCGACGAGACCCCGUUGAAGAUCAAAGCCAAGAAGGAGACCAAAAAGAAGGUGAAGAAAGAGCCAGUCGUUGUCAAGGUGAAGGAGGAGCCGAUAAAGCAGAGGGUUUCUGAAGAUGAAGAUGAUGAUGAUGAUGAUGAUGAGGAUGAGAUGGAUAAACCGACAGAGGGAGAUACUACUCCAAAGAUAGAUUCUGCCGACCGCAAAGCGGAGAAGGCGAAGAAGAAAGAGGACAAAGACAAGAAAAGACAAGAGAAAGAGAGGAAAAAAAAUGAGGAGAAAGAGCGAAAGAAGGAAGAGAAGAUGCGGAAGAAGCUCGAAGAGAAGAAGAAGGAACUGGAAGCCAAGAAGAAACGAGAAGAGGAGAGAAAGAGGCGACAGGAAGAAACGAGACGACGAGAGGAGGAAGAAAGAAAAAGACGGGAGGAGGAUGCUAAGAAGAGACGGGAGGAAGAAGCCAAGAGGAAACAACUCGAGGAGCAGAAAACAAAAGAAAACAAGCGGCAAGACAUAACUGUGGAGCAAAGCAACGACAAAGAAAUAUCAAAGCGAGAUAAAUUUGAGAAGAGAAAACCGGAGAAGAAGAAAGUUCUGAAGACAGAAGAGACUGUUGAGAGACUGCACUUAGAGCUGAAAGUAUCCUUGAGUAUGGACCACCCGGAUCCAGCUAAGAGUGUGUCAGUGAUGGCCCAGAUUGAUGCAAUGAGUGACUCACUCACACCUGGUAUUCUAAGGAAGAGCAAAGACUUCGUCCAGACCAUCAAGAAGAUAAGGAAGUACAAGUCUGACGAGAGGGUGCGCAAGAAAGCAGAAUAUUUAUACAACAAAUUGAAAUCUAUUUGCCUGAUGCAAGAAACGUCUGGCAGUGCUGAGGAGAAGAAGGGAGAAGAGAACGAGCGAGGGGAAUUAACAGAGCAAACAGACAUAACAGCUGUUGAUGGGAACAAUGCGGCGAAAGAGCUCAAACCAGAUCACAAAGCGAAAAGGCAAGAAGAAAACGCAACCUCCGAACCUCUUGGCGACAAACCCAGUACAGAGGACCAAGAAACGGCCAAUGCCGAAGCGAAAGCCACCGCUAAUACCCCAACGGAAGAAGCAUCAAGUGCCACAAAUGAACCUCAAAAUGGAGAGGCAGAAGUGAGAAACACAAACGAAGUGAAGGUUGCAGAUGAUGAAUCAGAUUUGAAAAGAACUGAAGUGGUCAAUGACACUGAAAGAACGGCUGAAGAGGCUAAAUCACAGGACGAUAAACCAAAAGAGGACAGCCUCCUAGAGGACAAACCCAAAGAGGAUCAAUCCAAAAGUGAUGAACCCCGGGAGGAGAAAACCAGAAAAGUUGAGGGUAAAUCUCGGGAGGACUCCCAGAACGAAGUCACUGCUGAGGAUUCCGAGGACGAAGACGAUGAGGCAAAUGACGAUGGGAGGAGAAACCUCUCGGAGCGUCUUGAUAUGAUUUUCGGGAACCAGGGAGGAUUUCAGAUUCCUGGACUGAAUUUAGAGGAGAAUAGCAAGGGGAAGUCCAAGGGAGCCAGUGAUGAGAAGAAAAAAGAGGCAAGGAAGGAUAGGAAGCGAUCAACAGGGGCGUCGGGAGACCAGAUUGGGGAGCAACCAAUGGAGCUAGAUGACAAUGAAGCCAACGACAAUCCCAAGGGGACCGCGGCUGCAGAUCAAGCCUUCAGCGACGAUAACAUGGAGCUGGACUCGGAUGAAAAUUGAAAAAAAACACAACCAAAUUCUAGCGAUGUUGAAUGUUGCAAACUUUGUCAUAGUAUAUAAAUAAUAUGCGUGUGACCAGCAGAACCAACUUUACUAGUCGAAAACUGAGUUGAAAGUGUGGUGAUAAACUUGAUUCCUUGGUGGCAGAGUGAAGAAGCCUUGAACGAUAAGAUUCAUCAACUUGUACCACCUUCGUAGAGAGUAUACAAUGCAAUGACAUGGACGGAUUUGGCCGGAAAAGUCCACAAGACCGCAGUGCUUGAAGCUCAACUUUUUUACUGGACCAGCCGUCGAUGUCACCAAACUCUUCCUAACUUAGGAUUAAUCUUAGGACUAAGGACGAGUUAAGUAUCGUAUCCAAAGGUGUAGGACUCAUUGAACUCAACCUAAGUUAGAACGGGUUACUCUUCCUAAUUCAAGAUCCAUUUUGUACGAUUUAGGCUAGUGUUUCGUGAAAUUGGCUGCAGAAAUUUGUGUACAAGACCUGAAUGAAACUGAGAACAACCUUCCUUGAAUCCUGAUACAGUUUAACGUGUAUGUAACUUUUUUUAUUCAAGCAGUUCGGCACCAUGACUAAGAGAAGGUCAGGCCUGGAAUUGAACGGAGGCCAUGGCCCCUGUUGCCCUGGUCUUGGCCUGGGUGCCUCCUUAAAAGUUUCCCAUAGGCUUUAAUGGAAGUGCCUUGCCCUCUCAAAAAUGAAACUCCAGGCCUGUAAUGUUGAUUUCAACUGUCUUUUGGGGCAUCAAGUAUACUUCGUUACUCAACAGAAUUUAAGUGUAUUUUCAAGGCUCAAUGUCAGUUUUGGGACACAUAGUUUGUUUCUGUUCAAGAUAAUCCACAUGGAUGUAUUACUAUUCAAUUGUAAAACACCAGACAGCAGGAUUUGUUUGGUUAAAAGUUUACUGGCCCAACACUCAAAUAACCGGCCUCGGGCCUGUGGUUUAGUGUCAACUUUGAGCCCUGACUGAGGAACCUGGUUCUAGAGGAACCUGAUUCUAGCGGA